AUGCUUUCGGAUAUGUUUGGCUACAUUUCGUUUGUAUGCUGGCUGCUGGUUCUGUUGCCACAGCUGUACCUCAACUAUAAGCGCAAGUCCAGCGAGGGCCUGUCGCUGGGAUUCAUCAUGAUGUGGCUCGCUGGCGAUUUCUGUGACUGGUUUGGCGCGUACGUUGGUCGCCUGCUGCUGCCGGCGAUCCUGAUUGCGCUGUAUUUCGUGUUCACCGACGUGGUUCUGCUGGGUCAAAUGUUCUGCUACCGCAAGGGCGACGAGGACGCCUUUGGCGACUCCCAGCUGCCCGAGGGCGCCGAGCGCCAACCGCUGCUGGUGCGACGCGGGCGGCGGGCAUGCCGGCUGUCGGGGAGGAAUGCGACCAAGCGCCGGCUGGCGGAGUACCAGGCAGCCGAGCACGCGGUGCUGCUGGAUCACGGCAUCGUGGUUGAGCCAAUUGCCACUAGUGGGCCGGACGAGGACCACGUGCGGCCAAUCAUGGGUGGCAAGCGUGUCAAGGCCACGCUGAUUGCAGUACUGACGCUGGUGCUCCUGGUGGGGUCGGGUGUGGUGACCCGCGUGGUGCUGGCGAGCUACCCGGAUGACCUGACCGACAUGGUGUCGCAGGUGUUUGGCUACAUGUCGGCAGCGUUGUUCUUUGUGGCCUACAUUCCCCAGAUUGCCUGGAACUUUGCCGCGCAGUCGACCGAGGGGCUGUCGGCGGGCAUGUUUAUUUUCACUGUCAUCGGCAAUGUCACGUACUGCCUGUCGAUUCUGGCCUACUCGACCGAGCAGUCGUAUCUGAUUGCGUAUGCGCCGUGGCUGUUUGGUGCUGCGGGCACUCUGGGCUUCGAGCUGCUCAUCCUGUGGCAGUGCUAUUUCUAUUCCCGCUGCUGCGGGCCCAACGGUCGUGACGAGGACGACGACUAA